CAUCUACGCAACGUUGUGUACUUAUAUGCAUACACAACUUCCUUUCCGCUUGGAAGUCUCCUAGUGGCAUUGAUAACGUUACUCGUAAGUUAACCACAACGUUAAGAUGUCAGGAGGUCUGGACGUAUUGUCCCUCAAAGAGGACGACGUUACCAAAAUGUUGGCCGCAUUUACACAUUUAGGUGCAGAAAAUGUUAAUUUCCAAAUGGAACAAUACGUCUACAAGAAGAAAAAUGACGGUGUGAGCAUCAUCAAUCUACGUCACACAUGGGAAAAACUUUUGCUGGCGGCACGUGCAAUUGUCGCUAUCGAACAUCCUAGUGAAGUUUUUGUCAUCAGUUGCCGUCAAACCGGUCAGAGGGCUGUUCUUAAAUUUGCACAGCAUACUGGUGCUACACCUAUUGCUGGUCGUUUUACACCUGGUGCCUUCACUAAUCAAAUUCAGUCUGCUUUCCGAGAGCCACGUCUGUUGAUCGUUACCGAUCCAUCUACCGAUCAUCAACCUAUCACUGAGGCCAGUUACGUGAACAUUCCAGUUAUUGCUUUCUGUAACACCGACUCGCCUCUUCGUUUUGUUGACAUUGCCAUUCCUUGUAACACGAAGAGUCUUCAUUGCGUCGGUCUCAUGUGGUGGUUAUUAGCGAGAGAAGUACUUAGAUUAAGGGGUUCCAUCGCUCGUGAAAGUAAAUGGGACGUCGUUGUCGAUUUAUUCUUCUAUAGAGAUCCCGAAGAGGCUGAAAAGGAAGAACAAGCAGCUAAGGAAAUUGCGCCAGCUAAAGAGUUUACAGGGCCGGUUGAAGUUCCAACUACUACGGAUCCUGGUUGGGUUAACGAUGUUGAGGCGGCAGUUACUACUGAAAAUUGGGCAGAUGAUGUAGCACCGCCAACUGCAGCCGCUGUUCCAGCUGCGGGUGCUGCUCCGGCUUUCCAAGCAAGUGGAGACUGGGCUGCUCAACCAUCAGAAGAUUGGACUGCAACUGCGCCGGCUACUACAAACCAAAGCUGGGGAGGUGCCACAACAGAAAAUUGGUAACUUAAUUCUCUUUGAGAAUUUUGAUACAAUGACACACCUUGUACGGCGAAAUUAAUAAAAUGAUUGAAAACCUA